AUGGCGUCGACGACCCCCACCCACGAGCCGCCCUCGUACCGCCGCAAUCGCUCCAAGUCGCCCGGCCUCCGUCCAACAACACCCUUGCGUCCUUCAUCCCGCAGCUCCCUACGCGACAGUGCCCAGCGCGGUCGCGGCGCGUCUUCGUCGCAGAACCCCUUGUCGCAUCUGCAAGAUGGCUUCGCCGAGCUCAGCGACGCCAUGGCAGACUUGGAGCAGAACUUCGUACAGCUGCAGCUGAUGCACGAGAGUCUUGCCCGCUUCUCCGAGAGUUUUGCAGGCUUCUUGUAUGGCCUGAACAUGAAUGCUUUCUGUGUUGAUUUCCCAGAGGCACCGAUUCCCGAAUCAUUCAAACGCACCCUGUACCAGCACGCCGAGCUCACUGCCGCGAACCUCAACCGCUCCCAAGGCCCGGAGGACAUGGAGACUACAUUUCUCACUACCGAUACGUCCUUCGUCGAUAACCCGCCGAGUAGCAAAAUGGCUUCAAGAUUCCAACCACCUCAGACCCCGACACGUGCUUCGAAAACGUCAGGCGUCGCCAGAGGGAGAGGAGGAAUACCACGGGCUGGUGGACGAGGUGGAGGCAUUCCUACGCGUGGCGGUACGACACGGGGGACACGGGGAGGUAGUGGAAUUGGCAGAGGCGCUGCUGGAAGAGGGAGAGGUGAGCGGUAG